UAUGUGUACAGCGGGAUAAGAUGAUAUUUGUUCAUUAGGAAACACCAUCCACCCAAAGGAGAGAGAGUUAGCACAUCCAGUGGAACGGACACGAUGGAUUCCUAAGCAUGGCACGUCGACUGUGGGAAGUUGGGUCUAGAUAACGAAAAGGGUGUGAUGUUAGUUGAGGGUUGAAAAGGGAGAUGAAGCAGAGGAACAGAUAAAAAUGGCGGGAAUUUGGGUGGGCAGCAAAGGCGGAGCACCAGCCAAAGAGAUGGUGAAAAGCGCUGCUCCAUCACUCCCAAACUCACCCUGUCCUGCUGUUAUUUUACCAGGGUUAGGAAACAAUUCAAGUGAUUACGUGAAAAUGGCAGAGUCGUUGAAGAAGGAAUAUGGUGUCCCAGUGCUAGUUGCUAAAGUUUCUAGACUUGAUUGGCUGAGGAAUGCUGCUGGUUUGUUAGAUGCCAAUUACUGGAAAGGAACCCUCCGCCCCAGACCCGUUCUUGAUUGGUAUCUGGAAAGGGUCGAUGCAGCCAUUUCUGAGGCAAAACUACUCACCCAAGGUGGGAGUCUGUCCUUAAUUGGACAUUCAGCUGGAGGAUGGCUUGCACGUGUCUACAUGGAAGAAUUUGGGCUGUCUCAUAUUUCAUUGCUGUUGACUCUUGGAUCCCCUCACUCGCCACCUCCAAAGGGUUUGUCUGGAGUUAUUGAUCAAACGAGGGGGCUCUUGGAUUAUGUCGACAAAUACUGUGCACAGGCUGUUUAUACACCGGAACUAAGAUACGUAUGUGUUGCAGGGAGGUAUAUUCAAGGAGCUCGAUUCUUUGGUAACCCUAGCAUAACCUCUGAACCAAUGGUUCCAAUUGAUAAUGAUCAGCAAAUAUCUGAGACGAUGACAUUAAACAACAGCAACAAGACCACAUCACUUGCUACUACCAUACGUGCCCGUUUCAUAGGUCAAGGGUACAAGCAGCUUUCAACUUUGUGGCAGGUCUGCGGGCAAGCAGAUGUUUGGGGGGAUGGAGUGGUUCCUGAAAUUUCAGCUUAUCUCGAGGGUGCACUGAACAUUAGCCUGGAAGGGGUUUAUCACUCUCCCGUUGGUUCAGAUGACGUGUUGAGGCCCUGGUAUGGCUCUCCUGCUGUUCUUGAGAAAUGGGUUCAUCAUCUCCUCAGCUGACAAACACUUUAUAUGAAAUGGAAAGAAACGGUUGUUACCAGCUA